AUUUGAAUAAUGAAUUAAUAGGUUCUUGGUUAAUUGGAGAUUGGUCGUGGCUUUUAACCCCUAUUGAGGAUGCCAACCCUAGCACACCUGAGGGUAGUUACACAAAGCACCACAUGUCAGCUCGAAAUGUAAUUGAACGGUGUUUCGGAGUAUUGAAGCAAAGAUUCCGAUGCCUCUUGAAACAUAGGGUUUUGCACUAUUCCCCAGAAAAAGCGGCAAAAAUAGUAUUAUCUUGUGCAAUACUUCACAAUAUUGCUAUAGCUGAAGGAACAUUAGUCCCAGAAGACUUGGGAAAUGUAGAUGAAGUUACUGACAUUCAAUCAAGCCAAGGUUUUAACAAUUAUCUUCAAGAGGGCAGAAGAGUACAAAGUGAAAUAAUUAAUAGAUAUUUUAGCGAUUAAUUAUUGGUACUUAUUAGAGCUUACUACAGUUAAAAUAAUUAGAAAUAACAGUUCAGUUCAAGAGCAAGUAAAUCAAAGUUCAAACAAACAGUA